GCGUUCCGAAACCCUUGAUCCAAGGGGAGGGGGGAGGGGCUGUGCACGCGCUCCAAGGGCUCGCCAGGUGGUACGGCAGCCUCGAAGGGCCAAUAAUCAUAAUAAAGCAAAGGGUUGUUGUAUUUCUGCCCCGUUGGCCAACCUUGAUUGCUGGAAGUGGCAAGAAUGCCCGGCGUCGCUUCCCGUAAGAGCCAGGAACGGAACCGAGACAGCGCCAUGGAGCAGCCGGCAGCUGAUGACUAUGCAAAGGAAAGAUAUGGAGUGUUGCCACUGAUACAAUCCCAGGAGAAACCAGAUCGUGUGUUAAUUCGAGUAAAGGAUUUGACAGGAGAGAAAGCCGAUGAAGUUGUCUGGGUUCGUGGUAGAGUCCAUACCAGCAGAGCAAAAGGAAAACAGUGUUUCUUAGUCCUACGUCAGCAGCAGUUUAAUGUCCAAGCUCUGGUGGCUGUGGGAGACCAUGCAAGUAAGCAGAUGGUAAAGUUUGCUGCCAACAUCAACAAAGAGAGCAUUGUUGACAUCGAAGGGGUUGUAAGAAAAGUGCCACAUAAAAUCGGAGGCUGCACUCAGCAGGAUGUUGAACUGCAUGUUCAAAGGAUAUAUGUGAUUAGUCUGGCAGAACCCCGACUGCCCUUACAGCUGGAUGAUGCUAUUCGACCAGAGGCGGAAGGAGAAGAGGAAGGAAGAGCUACUGUAAACCAGGAUACAAGAUUGGACAACAGAGUGAUUGACUUGAGGACUUGCACUAGCCAAGCUGUCUUUCGUCUCCAAUCUGGCAUUUGCCAGCUUUUCCGAGAAACUCUAAUUCACAAGGGGUUUGUGGAAAUUCAAACUCCAAAGAUUAUUUCUGCUGCUAGUGAAGGUGGUGCCAAUGUAUUUACUGUUUCCUACUUCAAAAGCAGUGCCUACCUUGCACAGUCCCCACAGCUGUAUAAGCAGAUGUGUAUUUGUGCUGACUUUGACAAGGUUUUCUGCAUUGGACCAGUAUUUAGAGCAGAAGACUCAAACACUCAUAGACACCUGACAGAGUUUGUUGGUCUGGAUAUUGAAAUGGCCUUUAAUUACCAUUAUCAUGAAGUGGUGGAAGAAAUUGCAGACACCAUGGUGCAAAUAUUCAAAGGACUCCAAGAAAGGUUUCAAACUGAAAUCCAGACUGUGAGCAAACAGUUUCCAUGUGAACCAUUCAAAUUUUUGGAGCCAACUCUGAGGCUGGAGUACCCAGAAGCUCUGGCUAUGCUUCGGGAAGCUGGAGUAGAAAUGGGUGAUGAAGAUGAUCUCAGUACCCCAAGUGAAAAACUUUUGGGCCGUCUGGUGAAAGAAAAGUAUGACACCGAUUUCUAUAUUCUUGACAAAUAUCCAUUGGCUGUAAGACCUUUUUAUACGAUGCCAGAUCCACAAAAUUGUAAAACCUCUAAUUCCUAUGAUAUGUUUAUGAGAGGUGAAGAGAUUUUGUCUGGUGCUCAGCGAGUUCAUGACCCACAGCUACUGACUGAGAGAGCCUUGCAUCAUGGCAUUGAUUUGGAAAAAAUAAAGUCAUACAUUGAUUCCUUUCGCUUUGGUGCUCCUCCUCAUGCUGGUGGUGGCAUAGGAUUAGAAAGAGUCACCAUGCUGUACCUUGGGUUGAGCAAUGUCCGACAAACAUCCAUGUUCCCUCGCGAUCCUAAACGUCUAACACCUUGAGUGGACUAAAGGCCUGCAUUUAAAAGUUUAUUCCUUACUGUCAUAAAACUAAGCCUAAAUGCAGUAUGCAUUUAAUCUACUGAAGUGCCACAAUAGUGAAUAUUCAACUCACAUAUUACUAAUAUUUGAAAUUAGAAAUUUUACAUGAUUUAAUUCUGAUGUAAAAAAGUUGUACCUUUUUCAGAAAAUGUACUUGAUCAAGUUAAAACUACUAUUAUUAUCUUGUACUUUAGCAAGUUUCUAAACACUUGAAUUUUAAUUUAAAAAAUCAUAGUUGUACAGAGUAAAGCUAAAUUUGUUUUUGAGACACUUGGCAACAAAGUUUAUCUCAAAUGUAGACUGAUCAGCUGUCAUGAGUAAAUUUGAUAAAUAGCAAAUUGGACAAUGGUUGAGACGCAACUGGAAAAUAGUGGAUUAACUGAUUAAAUAUGAAUUAACUGAAAUGCAGGUUGCAAUAAAAUUUCUUAACUACC